CUAGGAGUGUCCCCUACGGUUCUAUAUUCAUCUGUUAUCUGUAUAUGACGGCAGCCUUUUCUAGUUAAACAAAACAGGCACCUGAAAACGAAACCAAACUUAAGCUGGGGGGAGAAAAAAAACAGCCUCGUUCAAGGUAACACGAUAUCAGCACGAUGGCCAACCAGCGCCCAUACCUGCACCCGAACCUCCCAUUUACAGGCUGUAUCCAAGGCGGUCUGUUUGAAGGGAAGACCGUCACUGUGUCAGGACGUGUCCUGGCAGGAGCAGAGAGGUUUUUUGUGAAUCUGCAAUGUGUCAAUAACACAUCCAGUGAUAUUGCCCUCCACUUCAACCCACGCUACGUUGGUAACUCGGGUCAUGUGGUGUGUAACACGCUGCAGAAUUCCUGCUGGGGUUCAGAGCAAAAGACCAAAAACACCCCACUCCCCAGAGGCUCCGACUUCACCCUCACCUUCCUGGUUAACCGAGACUCCUAUUCAGUGAUAGUGAACGGCAGCCAUUUCCUGGAGUACUUGCACCGCCUCCCCGUCUCCCGUGUGAACGCCAUCACCGUGGACGGAGGUGUAGAAAUCGUGUCCAUCGCUUUCCAGAACCCGAGCUUGACCAUCAACCAAAAGCAUCCAGAGGUGCAUAGGGUCCGAAGCAAAGUGACCCGUGGAUCAGGUUGGAAUAUGCAGAGACAUCAGCAGCACGAGAGCCUGAUCCAGGCAGCUGAUACUUGGUCUCUUGCUGCACCUCCACCAUACAGUGCUCCUGCUUACGUUUUACCGUAUAAAACUAUUAUUCAGGGUGGAUUUUCCCCAAGCAAAGACAUCACCGUACAGGGCUGUGUCAACCACAAUGCUGACAAAUUCAGCAUCAACUUGCGUUAUAACUCUGGCAUUGCGCUCCACUUCAACCCUCGAUUCAACGAGAACGUAGUGGUGCGCAACAGCCUGCUGAAGGAGUGCUGGGGUAAAGAGGAGAGGAACGGUGGCAUGCCCUUCUACAGAGGCCAGCAGUUUACGGUGAGCAUCACAUGCGACACUCAGUACUACAGGAUUGCGGUGAAUGGCACACAGAUGUUCACCUAUAAUCACCGUUACUUCCUGUUUCAGCAGAUUGACAUCUUGGAAGUUGAGGGAAACAUCAGUGUGAGUUCUGUUGUGGUUUGAGGGCUAGACUAUUAGUUAUAAAACUAUAAAACCAGUUCAAACCAGCUUUAUUCAGGUUUUCUUAAAUACAGUAGCAUUUGUUUGUAAAAGCUACAGUUUCAUGAACUAAAUGCUAAAGCAGCUAAGGAACCACAUCUGUCUCUUUUUUUAUUUUUCAUUUUUCUGGAGCUAAAACCAAAUGCUAUAUUAGCUUUGUUAUAUAGACAAAUCCCACUAAGUCAUUUUAUAACAACUCUUUGAUUCUGUCUCUGUUGUCAAUCAUAUGUUUGUUCUUGGACUGAACCGAUUGCUACACACAGUCCCAUACACAUAGUCAGGGGCUUUUUAUGGGGGGUGUUGAUAUUUUCAAAUGUAUUUACAAUGUGUGUUUAUUAAUAAACGAGUUAAAACAGCAGUAUAAGAUUGCAGCAGAGUUUUUACUGUUAAUGAUUAGAAAUCAAAGCUAAGCAAGAGGGCAGUGCUGUUAAGGAGAUUACAUAUGUAAUAUGUAAUAUGCUGUUAAGGAGAUUACAUAUGUGUUUCCCUGUGGUUUUACAACAUGAACAUUAGUGGAGCAUACUUCCUUUGGAUGCAACUGCCUAAAGACAAAUGAAACUUUAGGCAA